UUACAACUUUUCCUCUCUGACUGUUGGACCUGGACAAAAUGUCUCUCUGACAUGUUCCGUCGGGACAGUUAAGAACAUCCAACAUGCAUUUUGGAUCCGAUUUGUUUCUGGAAACUCACCUGAAGUUUUGAAGUCGACAUCAAUUUACAAUUCAGGCUCUGCUGAACCUUUAACAUCAAAUACUGGACAUCGCAUCACAGCCAAGAAGGAACAAGGAACAUUUGUUUUGCAAAUAAUUCAAGUCGAGAAAAGUGAUAUGGCGAUCUACUACUGUUUACGUGUACGAUUAGAUCAACUCGUGCUUAUAAAUGGAACAUUACUUCAGGUCACAGAACCAGAACCCUCCGUGUCUGUUGUCUCUGAAGUCCAACCAGGACCGCCUGUGAAGUUGCAGUGCUCAGUUUUCUCCCACUCUGGGAAUGAAAUCUGUCAGGAUGGACACAAAGUGUCCUGGUUCAGAACUGGACCAGAAAGUGUCCAUCCCAGCUUUGUUUACGCUGAUGGCGAAUGCAAGAAGAUCAAAGAUAAUUCCACACAGAAAUGUGUCCACACUUUCUCAAAGAACGUCAACUUCUCUGAUGCUGGAACUUACUUGUGUGCUGUGGUCACAUGUGGGAGGAUUUUCAUGGCAAAUCCAAUAAAAGUCAACAUUAAGGAUUUUAGCAGCUGCAAUUCAUACAAGUAUGUUAUCUUUGUCUUGAGUGCUGCUUUGGCCUUAAGUUUCAUCAUGUCAGCCUUCCUCAUCAACAAGAUCAGGACAAAAAACUGUUUUUGCUGCAAAGCUGGUCCACAAACACUCGAUGAAACGUUCAGUCGCCCCCAGCAGAGAGACGAGAACUCUUUGGUUUAUUCCAUGCCGACCAUCAUCUCCAGGAAAACUGUCAGAUCGAGGCAGACCAAUACGAGGGCAGCAGAGGAAUUCAGCACGUACACUGACGUGUGUCUUCAUGACUCAAUCCUCACCACACAAAAUGAAAAUGUGCUCUGAUAUACAUUCUGUUACUAUUUUUAUUACAUUUUCAUUAUUUAUACUUUUCCCCUGUGAUAAAAUGACAACUGAGACAAGAAGAAGAGGUAGGAACAUGUUGAUUUUAUGUCAGUGAAAAUGUGAUUUUCUUUGAGGAAGUUUUGUCAAACCUGUUUAUAGACUUGGAACACAUUUAUGGAAGUCAACCCUUGAUUUAUUGUUUAAUAAAGAUGCAAGUUGUAAGCC